GCUUCUGAAGGAAAAGGGCUUGUGCUCCACUGUUCAAACUUGUCAGUCAGCUCAUGCCAGCACUCUCCACGGCUGCCUCCCCACCGCACCCUCAUUACAUGUGUCUGCUUCGGCUGAUCUGCUGAUCUGUUCAGAGACUCACCGGAUAAAAUGGAAGAAGCUGAACUGCUGAAGGAAAGAUUCCAGGCCAUAACAGACAAGAGAAAGCUUCAAGAAGAAAUCACACAGAAGCGUCUUAAAGUAGAGGAAGAAAAAUUAAAAUACCAGCAUUUGAAGAAAAAGGCCCUUCGGGAGAAAUGGCUCUUGGAUGGCCUGAGUGCUCUCACUCCAAAAGAGCAAGAAAAAAUGCAAAAGCACAAUAGAGAAGACCAGGAACGGACCAAUGACCUGGAAAAAAGCAUCUUCAGACUUGAGAAAGAAAUUGAAGCUCUGGAAAAAGAAGAGAUGAAAAUCUCAGUUAAUGAACAGGAAAUUUUAAAGAAGCUUAAAUCAGUUGAGAGAACAGCAGAAGAUAUCUUAAAGUCUGUGAAGGCAGCUAAAGCAGAAAUUCAAGAAGAGGCAGUGGACUACAUAUAUACCAAUAUACCUGACCUUCCAAAAUCUUUCAGACCUUCUGCACUGAAAAGGGCAGGACAUGCAGGAACUGAAGAUGAGGAGGAAAACAGAAGAGCAUUGUUUGCCAUGGAAAUUAAAGUUGAGAAAAACAUGAAGACUGGGGAAAGCACAGUUUUGUCUACCAUACCUCUUCCAUCUGAUGAGUUUAAAAGUACAGGAGUAAAAGUCUAUGAUGAUGGUAGGAAAUCAGUCUAUGCAACAUGCUCCAAUGGCAGUUUAACACACAAUGGCAUAGAUGAGCUUGCACCUGUUGAGGUGGAAGAUCUUUUAAGAAAAGCAACUGAAAAAAAUGCUAAAUCUCCUACAGAGUAUCAUGAGCCUGUGUAUGCAAACCAGUUUUAUAGGCCAACAACUCCCCAGAAAGACAAAUUAGUUCCUGGACCAAAUUUGGAAGACACUGUUAAAAAAGAAACUAAUGUACUUGGCAAUCACCAAAAUGAAUCUUUCUAUAACAAAGGCAACAGGCAACACAAUGAAGAAAAUGGUUUUGAUCUUCCCAAAUUAACACUUCCAAAGUCUCCCUCUCCAGGGUCUCAGCAAAAAGAGGGAAAGGUACACAUUAGUCCAAAACCCAGGAUAAUACAUAAUGAUGAAAGAGGAGUUCUACAAAAGGAUUUGGAAGCCUAUCAGAAGACAAGAGAGAGUCAUUGUGAGGCAAUGUUUAUGAACUCAGAGAAUAUCAGUGAAAAGUCUCCUGUCACUCAGGAUGCUGAUGAAGAUGUUAGGUACAGCAUUGUUCAAGCUGUGCCAUGUUAUGUGGAUGAUACAGAACCUGUUACAAUGAUUUUCAUGGGUUAUCAGCAUGUAGAUGAUGAAGAAGCAGCAACAGCAGCAGCAAACAAAAACUUGUCCAGAUAUGAUGGAAUUAUCCAUGCGGAACUGGUUGUCAUUGAUGAUGAUGAUGAAGAAGAAGGAGGAGACGGUAAAUCUGAGAGACCAUCAUAUCAUCCUGUAGGCCAUUACAGUCAAGUUUACCAGCCACCCAACAAACAAAUAGCAGAAGUUCCACAGAGGAUCCCAGAGGGUGGAAACAUCAAUAAAUCAUCCCACAAAAAUUCCAUAUCACUGCAAGAACAAGAGGAAAGUUUGAGCUCUCCUAUGUACCAUACUCAUCUCAGUGGCCAGCUAUCUGGAGAUGGUACAGAGGAUCCCUCAUUAACAGCUCUGAGGAUGAGAAUGGCAAAGCUGGGGAAAAAGGUGAUUUAACAGUUGGAGUGACAUGGAACUAAAAUUUAGGCUUUGUUAAUCAAAAGAGAAUAAAGUUAAGGACUUCCUUUUCAGCUGUUUUUUCUGGACUUUAACAUUUACAUUUUAGAAUAAGCAAAACAUUAAUUACAUAUUACACAUAUGCAACUCUGUCCCUCUGCAGAGAUCCAGUGACUUCACUAGGAUUCUCCCCAGACAUAGCGGGGCAUAUGCAUAGAUAAACAGCGCAACUCAAACCCUGGAGUCCUUACACCUAAAUAAAACUACUAAUGACGUCAAUAGGAAAUUUGCCCACAUAAGAACCUGUCAACUUUGGCCCUAAACAAGCACACGCGCACACACACACACACACACACACACAAAAGAAUAACAGUUGCCAUGGAGUACAGCACUGAACCAAUUAAACACCCCUUGAGGAAAUUGUAGUAUUCAAUUUUCAAGGACACGUGCACACACUUGAAAGUGAACCAACCUAAUUGAAGAUGCUAUUCAAUGUAUUUCUAGUGAAAGUUUAUUAAGUUAUGUUAAAAAAGCAGCUAUUUAAAGUAGAAAUAUGAUGGAAUGUAAAUAUGCAGAGAUUCCCAUAGCAUAAAUGGAAGUAGCACUACUGGACUCCGAUGGAUUGGUAGCAACUGACAACAGCUGAGGACUUGGCUCAAAAAAUGUUUUCAUCAAUAAUUACAAUUCAGACUGUAGCUGCCUAUCAGGAGGCUCUCUCAAGCCAGCUGCAACCCAGCAGGGAUGUAAAAGCAAAUCCAAAUUCUCUCUCAUGAGGUGGUAACUGUCUGUCACUGUGCCGGCUGCGGGUGGGCAUUCCAUAGCUGUACUCCUACACAGCCAGUGAGCAGGCAACAGCUAGUGCUGAAUCUGGUGCUAGACUUAGGUGCAACUCACACAAAAGCACCCUGUUGUGCUUGGCAAGCGUGAGUCUGGUUAUUUAGCUCCCCUGCUGCCCCCCAUCCAGUGAGCUGUCAUCAUACCCGACACAGACGCCUUCUGAGAUACACACAGGCGUUUUUUAACAUGUAGGGCUGCAAAAUCUCAAAUGUUAGAACUUGGGCAAAUGCAGGAAAAUGGACAAAUAAAACUGAAUAAAGUUUAAACUGUUGGGUGGCAGUUUUUUCCACUUGGAAGGAGAGAGAAAACAAUGCAUCCUUAGUAAUCUCACAUUGUCAUAUUACUUUGCUUUUCCCUUUUGUCCGUCUUCUCCUUCUAAUCUGACCACCCUGUUCUUUAGUACCACAUUUGCUCUCUCUCAGGCAUUUCCACCCUAAGAAGAUGGAGUCCCUUCCUUUCUCUGUAUAUUAAGUAGUGUAGUUUAAGUAUUUUUCCCCACAAUGUAAGGAAACCGCUCAAGUAUUAAUGCCCAAUUUAAAUAUAUUUCUGACCUGAUCCAGAAGUCAGUCAACAUAAACAUUAUACCACGCAUUUCUCAUGAAUUCAAGCAAUGCCCUAAUCUCAGGCUGCCUGUGCUGCCACAGCUGCGGGAAAUAUGCUGCCCCCACACCCUCAAUACCUGUGGCCAGACUAUCAUUAGCAAAACAAUCACAAGCAUUAAUUUUUCAGUGGUAGUAUAGUUUUUACAGUGACUUAUCUCAGUGCAUCACUAAACUGAAGGGCACUGGGAGGGAAGCAUUAAAAGACGACUGGGAUUUUCCUUGCUACACCACCACUAAAUAAAGACUUUUGGAACAUAACCCUAGUGAAGUCGUACAAGUGAAAAUAUAAACUCUGUAAACCAAUCGCAGUCAGUUCAACCAUGACCUCUCAAGUAAAGACCCAGUUUCACUAUGUAUAUCUGUGAAAUACAUUCAAUUUAUUCACCCAAUUAUCUAAUAUUUUGAUAUUAUAAGCAGCUUCUUUAGGCCAAUUUCUUUUUAUUGACUGUCUUUUGUAAAUAAUCUCCCACACCUAGGCCCCCACAUUUACAGUUCUAAAAAUUGAAGAGGGAGAAACAAAACCAAAACCCCAACCACCUGGACUUCAUGUUAUUUGAACAAGAGCGCCACAUAGUAUCACAAAAGCUGAAGUGAGCAGGAAAGAGGACAAAACAACUUUGUCCACUUAUGUAUCUCUGAUAGUUUCAAAUCCUAGGAAGAAGAGGAAAUAUGGAGUAAAUUUUAAAUACAUUUUCUCCAGCUGGUACUUUUUGACAAGAACAAAAAAGGUAGCAACAAUGCAGGAAGUCACAGUGACUGGGAGGAAGAAAUCUUUUUCUUAAAGUGCACUGUACAAGCUACCACUGCAUAUAAUUUUAAAUUAAAGUUCUGUUAAACAGUUUUCAUAGUCAAGAGAAUUGACAGUCUCCAGCACCUUUAUAGCAUCACUUGUGGGUAUUUUCACCACUUCAUUUUUCCUCUAAAGUAGAUCAGGGUGAAACACUGCUUCAGCAAAAGGAGUUUUGCAUUAAGGAGCAAACUCUGGUCCUAUUGACUUCAUUGGGAACAAGAUUUGGCCCAGGAGUGAGUUUACACUGCACCUCGGAAUCCUUUGUUUCCUCUUUGGGAAUAUUGGAGGGUGACAGAACUUCAACAUAACAGAUUACAGAAGAAAUGACUUCUAACUGAAGCCCUGAUCCUUAAACCCUAACUCAUGGGAACAGUUCUGUUAACAUCAAUCACACAAUGUAAGUGGAACCAGAAUAUGGUUUUAAAGGAGAAAUGCAUUACCAGAAUGAAACUAUUCUAGUGAUUAAUUACAUCUUGUGUCAUAAUGAGUUGGAAGGAAGGGGUUCUGCUCACCUCACUGGAGCAGUCCCACUGAAAUCAAUCGGAUUUCAAACAGGAGUACGGAAGCAGGAUUUGAUGCUGGUAGUAAAGUAAUAUAAUAUAUUAAACAUGAAAUGAUGGCAUGGAGGAAGUCAAAAAUCAGUAUGCCUAAUUCUAUGCUCCCUUACACAAGCAAAAUUCCCCUGGACUUCAGCUGGGAGUUUUGAUUGUGUCAUGAUCAAAUCAGUCCCACAGAAUUAGUAAUUUUGAUUGAAUGUAUUUUAAUAGCAAGAUAUAGCCUUAAAGAUACAGACCAACAAUAAUUCACCCACCUUCAUUUAAAGCUAGAUUACCAAAUGACUCAGAAGGAAUAGUAGUAGCUCUCAAUGGCUCUGGAAAUAAACCUGCUGCCAGUGCCAUCUGUUCUGCUGCUGCCAUGGGAUGGUCCAUCAGUCUUUAAACAGAGUUAUAAAAGAGGAAAGGGGGGCAAGCUCCAGAAAACAUACCUGAGCAGUGUUUUGUACUCCUAUUUAUGCUGAGCCUGGUCCAACACCCAUUGUCAUUAAUUCAAAAACUACUGUCUUCACUGGGUGUUGGUCAGGCCCAUUGUGCAGAGACUUUAAAUGAGGAGCACCCAGCAAUAACUGUUAGCAGAUUGAUCCAGUUAUUUUUCCCCCCCCUCUUUUGAGACUAGCAGGUUAGUCUCACUAUCAUCAUCUGGGAAGGUGACAUGAGCAGCAAUCCCUGGAAGCCCUUUUGGGAAAAGCCAGUAGUGCAAGAGAUUAAU